AUGGACAUGGCUGGCUAUGAUACCUUGACCAUGAGCUCCGCAACCUCCAACUCAAACGAUAUUCUGCGCUUGGGAUUGACGGGCCCAGACGCCGGGUCCUUGGUCCCCAUGGAUGCGUUUGAUCCCGAUUUGACUUUCGACGGAGACAGCUUGUUGCAGCAUAGAGACGAUAUAGCUGGCAGCCUCCCAUCCAUACCCUUCACGCCUUCUUACGAGCUGUCCGAUGCCUUCUCCGCCACCUUCGAAGAUCCCUUCUCCUACCAAUCUGGCCCCUUCGAGAAUCCGCUCGAGGAUGCAAAUAACCAGCAUGGCGAACCGACGGCGCAGACCCUCGAUACCAAAUUACUCGGUUUCGGCGCCCCCAUAAUGAAGGCGACUCUUCUUGACGACCACGGGCAGACAUGGCCUCAAAUGACCGCCGAGCUCUACGGAAUGUUCUUCGUAGCCGAAGAUGUCUUUGGGGGUGAGACAACGGGGCGUCCGAUGGAAUUGACCUGCUACCGGCGCAAUCUUUUCCAGAUAUCAGGAACUAUAUCUUUAUCGAGGAGCAUAUCGCGGAUGCUCAAUGAGCAGGGGCAGCAGGUCCCAUUAUAUGAUCUCACGGCGAGCAUCUCAGCCCUGGAAAGCAUCGAGGGCAAGAGCACGGAGAUAAUCUCGGUGCCUUGGAAAACUGCUGCUGGGGCAUCGAGCGAAGAUAAAGCUGGUGCAGCCCCGCCAAAAUGGCCGUUGGAUCUUGCCAUGAAUCCUGAAUUGGAUCCGGCCGUAGUGUCAAUUCCGAUCGCCUGGAAACGGCUACAGUUCAAACAUGCCACUGCGAAUAAUGGACGUAGGAAAGGGCUACAGCAGCACUAUGUUAUCCAAAUUAAUUUAACCGCAACGUUAGCUACUGGGGAAAAUAUAAAGUUGGCAGAAAUUCGAGGAGGGCCAAUCAUUGUGCGGGGAAGAAGCCCCAGGAAUUUUGAUAGCAGGAAGGACGUUCCCCUCAGCGAGAGGAAAUUAUCAGAUACGAAGCAGAGGACAAUGAGUGAUGUUGCUGCGAGUCCGCAGAUGAAGGUCGAUCCAGGCAUUGCGAAUAGUUCGUAUCGGUUUUAUGCUCCAAACGCUCCGCAGCAACCCCUCGACCUCCCAGAAUGGAACAACACCAUGUCAAUGCCUCCAGCUUCUAGCCCCGAUCUUCAUCGUCCCGCGAAGAAACCUACCCUCUCAUCCUCGUCCAAUGUUACUCGACCUCCUGUUCCCAAGACACGUUGGAAAUCUGAUUCAAAAACCUCAAGCAAGAAUUCGAAAGCUACACCCAUCGAUCUCUCCCUCGCUGAUGAAGAUUACACGCGCAAGAGUGAGAGUGUAGGACAAAAUGGGAGAGGAGCGAAUGCUGGGGACAAGAGUCCUGACGUGAAGAAAAAGGCCCUUGGGGCGCAGAUAGGCAGUCCGGCCGAGAAUGCGGAUUUAUUAUAUGAGUAUUUCCCGUUGAGUCUAGAUGACUGGAUGCCGCCUGUGGAUGCCAUCUAUCGACCCCAUGUGGUGCAUCAUACCAUCAUCCCACCAGACUUGAAGGCACUGCAAGUAAAAAAUAAAACCAAAAGAUACUUCUCAGCAGAUGAUUGA